GAACGAGAGACAGAACUCGGGAAUUAACAGGUCAGGGCUGUAAUUGCAUAGGAUGUAACAGAAUCAAAUAAGAAAAUGCAGACACACGAAUACCUAACAUGCCUCUGGUGAGCACUUAUUACAAGUGACAAGCCUCACCGACUACUAACUAGUUAUUCAUAAGUCCGCCAGGUUGACGGCACCAGGGUGAAGAGUCACUCUGCCAGACAAAGUAGGGGCCGCACAAAAUGGGAUUGUGAAGCCAAGAAGCAUGAUACAAGCAGCACCCAGCUCUUUAUUGUAAAUAAAUAAAAUCAAGGGAUGUUAUACUUUGUAAUAGUAAGAAAAAUCACAUUUAUACAAACAAAGAGACAGACUUGAAAAGAUGGACGAGGACAUGUUUCAGUGUGACCCAGACCCCAUUGUGAGUGACGAUGACACCGAUAGUGCAGACGACACAGAUGAGCGGGCUAUGCUACGUUAUGAGGAGCAAAUUACAGAACUGCUAGUUACCAUAGCAAAUCUGAACAGAAGGGCUGAACAUCUCCAACAGAAGGCCAUAAGAAACAAUACUAAGCGCAUGAACCAAAGUUUAAAACAGACUUCAAGUCAGCCAGUGUCUACUGGAGAGUCUUCAGAUGAUAAAAAACUUGACCAGGCUUUUGUCUGCAACACUGAGAGCAAACAUUCUUUGGGGAAUACUGAGAGUCGAAAAGACUUGUUUGCAGAACUGCAGAGGGUGCUGACAUCCCUGGAGGACUUGGUGCAUGUUCGGGAAAACUUAGGAGGCGUAGCAUUCAGCUGUGAAGGAGCUGAGGAAUACAUUUCACGUUUAAAUACAGCCAAAGAGCAAUGGUGUCACACAAUGAAGGCUCUAGAAGACCUAGAGAAAGAGCUUGGUUUAUUGCCCUCUCUGGAGCCCUUGUCUGAAGAAAACAAUCAAAGGCAGGAAGAAAGAGCAUCUUUGAGGAAGAGAAAUGCUGUGUUAAGGACUCUGGUGAGAGAAAAAGAAGAAGACUUACGAAAAUCCAAAAUAACACUCUGUACCUUCCAUGAGGAGCGAGAUAAACUUCAUCAGAAGGUGCAGGAGCUGCAGGGCUGUCUGAAGGCUAUAGAUGGAUCAUCUCCACCACUGACUCCUGAAAACCAAAGUGUCUCACUCCAGGGAUCUGCCAGUGCCAUCAGCAGGAAUAGCAUGGAUACAACAGCAGGCCAUCAAGAUCAUGUUGUAACAAGUGGAGACACCAUUCAGUCUGCUCAGCACUGCCAGAGUGUCCAGGACCUGAUUCACCUGCUGUAUGAACACAAAAUGCAUCCCGGAUUUGAGAAGGAUACAAGGAACUUUGAGACAGAAAUAAAAGGUCUACAGAGAUGUAUUGAGCAGAACAAGAGUCAGAACGAGGCUCUGUCCAUGAUGCUCGAGGAGUGGAAGUGUAAAUCCGAGAGGCUGAGCAUGGCACUGGGAAAACACGAGUCCAACAGCAGUGCACUGCAGCUUGCUUUACAGUACAGUGACGAUUGCCUUGAUGGCUAUGAUGUCUUACUUUACUGGGCUGAAGAACAGCAAGCUCAUCGCCAGAAGCAGUGGAAGAAGACAGGCCUGCAUUGUUCAGAAAGCAAACGCUGCGCAGAGGCUGUGUCACAGGAUGUACAAAAUAAAACAGACUGGAUGAUUUCUGAAACCAAGAGGCUGCUUGGCAAGCUAGAAUCAAAGCCAUUGACUAAUGAAGGAGCAAAAUGUGGCAGAGUGUCUUGGGAACAGCCGUUCAGUCCCAAAAACAGAGAAUAUGCAAUGCUAAGUGCAAAGGAUGCAAUGCUGUUGAAAGAGUAUGCCAAAAAACGGAAGUGGGACUUCAAGGUUAUCAAAGCAGCACAAAUGGAUACGAACAUCACUCCUGCCAGUAUUAAGCAAUCUGAGGGCAUCAAAUCACUCAAAGAGUGUGUGUUAACGGCAGCUAAUGAUAUCACUUCUACCAAAACUCAGGACUCUGUCCAGCCUGUCCCCAAUGUGUCACCUGGCUGCAUUCAGAAAUCCAUCCAACAGAAAUCUCUUGUGCCACAGGAUUUAAUGUCUAUAAGGGAGGACAUGUCAGAAAUCAAGGCCAAGGCUCGCUUACUGGCAAAGGAGAAGAAAGGAUUAGAGUUGACUUUGUCAAUGCAAAGGGCUCAAGAAACAGCUUGCCUCCUCCUAAUUGAAAGCCUGAAGUCUGAACUGGAUGGGCAAACACAUUCAUACUUAGUAUCUCUGAGCUCUGCAAGCAGCACUGGAAGCGAAACUGGGCGAGUGAAAGAAAUAGCAGCAAGAUUUAACAGCUUGCAGAAUCGGCCAGCAUGUGGAGAGUCGCUGCUAGCAGAAGAAGUUUUGAAAGCACGGAUACGAGAAAAGAAACUGAAGAGUCGUAUCCAGGAACUGACAUCAUCUCUUGAAAAAGUAGUGAGGGACAACCUCAUUCAGAAAACACAGUCUAAGCAGUUAAGAAAUGAUCUCCUGAAUGCACACAGUUAUCUGACCAGCACAUUUAAGAACACCAAAAGGAAGUACGGAGAACAGCUGAGGAAGCUGGAAGCACAAGUUACCAUCAUGUCUGAGAGGCAUGGCUCCCAAAUUGGUACACUACAGCAAGCAAUUUCACAUCUGCAGGGCAAAGAAGUGCCCCACCCAGUGAAUGAAACACCAAUAUAAGCAAGACCUUCCCCAAAUGUGACAGAAGGAAACAAAAGCAGAGGAUAUUAUACCAUGAGGAAAAUAACAAGGAACUGCUAUUACCGUCGUUGAUAAGUCAAGGAACGUCUGUAGGGGGUGUUCCAAAGUGUCAUUUUGCUGCAGUUUGUGUUUUGAUUUCUAUCCCUUUCUUUUCAUGGUGAAGUUUUUAAUCCAAGGAUAUAUUUCUUCUUUAAAUUUGUGCCAUACCCUUGAGCCUGUUGUGAUACUGGACUGAAAACUAACAGGGCAUGAGUAACAUCAAAGACACUGGAGAAGGCCGUUUGUUACUUACUUUAUAUUCAUGAUAUUUGCUUAAUAAAAGAAGUAUAAGUCAUAUAAAGUAAAAUUUUUACUAACUCUGUAAAAUGACAUAUUAAAAAGAUGUCAUUUUUUAUUUUUGAAAUGCAAAAUGAUACCACUGGUGAAGUAGGACAGUGAACAUAAGGGAUAUGUUACUACUGGUUGAGAAAUUUCCAAUUUGUCACAGCCAUUUAAGUUAAAAUGGCACUUUAGUGAAAACUUUGAAAAACAAUUAAGCAGACUUCAUGUAGGAAGUGACCCUGCCUAGCACUCAUUAACAUGUUGGCUCUGAAGUUGCCUUAUCUUGGUCAACAGCAAUUUCUUUAAUACUGUAAUUUUGCUUUCUCAACAAUUUUAUUUGUUGGACUUAGAGAACUAUGCAUUACCCACCCUUUCACCAGUAUAAUGUAUACUAUUUCCUAUUAUCAAAGGACUGGAGAGGGAAGAACCUCUCCUAGAAAUGUUGGCAUUACUCUUAGUUUGAUCUCUUACUUGCAUAUAGCACUGACAACUCUGCUAUUUGUCAAACUAUCAGGAAAUAUUGGUCGGGUUUAACGUCAGACAGUAGAAUCAGAGAAAUAGUUGGAGACAACCCUUGUUUUUCAUUCAAAAAUAAAAAGAAUCUUAAAAGACUGUUAUAUUAUAAUAAUGAAGCUAAUACUAAUGAUGGAAUGAGCAUGAAUACCCAGCAGCAUAGAAGUACAGGCACUUUUAGAUGUGGAUUUUGCAAGGCAUGUCCCUUCAUCAAUACUACCAAUACAUUUGUGCAUCCCACUACAGGGAAGAAUUUCUCUUCUUAUGGUUAUGCAAACUGUAAAAGUAAAAACAUUUUAUAUAUAUAUAUAUAUAUAUAUAUAUAUAUAUAUAUAUAUAUAUAUAUAUAUAUAUAUAUACACCAGCAUGUAUAUCAUGCUCAGCCCAUUACAUAGGCAAAACCAAUAGGAUGUUUAAAGAACAUAUUCUUCGACAUCAAUUCAAUAUCAGAAAUAAAGUGGAAACUAAUGCUUUAUAUAGCCGCUUAUGAGCAAAUAAAGAACAUUCUUUUAAAUUUAUGGCUUUGUCUUGAGUAUAUGAAACACCACGAGGUGGUGACUUAUUUAAUCAAACUGAAAUUGAAGACGCCAAAUGGAUCAUGAACUUGCAAGUUGAUCUAUAAGCAGGACUAAAUGGUGUAGUCCCUUUAAAGGCUAUACUAAAAGGAAAAGGCAUAAAAGGAAGAAGAUGAGAAGAACAACUCCCCUAGUGUGUGUGUGAUUUGAAGUACUUGAUUGGAAGUUACUUGUUCAGUUUCAAUUGGCUCUCUGAUGUUCUUAAAUGGGUGUUCUAUGUCUGGCUACUAUGGAUUUGAAAAAGGUUUAUACCAAAAGCGCUUAUCCAGGUUCAUUCCAAGCCUGAGGUUUAAUUAUUUUAAUAAAGUUUUGCUUCAUUUUAAUCUA